AUGGCCACCGCACCCGACGGCCGGAGAUCGUGGGCAGCAGGAUUUGCUAGACACACAGUGGGAAUGGGUCUGCUCUUGAUAGUGGUUGUACUCUGGACAGCGUCGAAUUUCCUAGGAAGUACCAUCUUCGCUGAUAACACAUACCCGAAACCCUUUUUCGUGACCUACGUCAACACAUCGCUCUUCAUAUGGCCGCUUUUCACCAUUCUACUCGGCCGUACAUGGAGUCUAUGGCGCACAAAGAAACUCGCUCAAGUCACCUCGUUCCGGAGCCUGCUUCAUCAUUUAGACUCGGAGGUCCCAAAGACCGAAGAGCAAAGUAUCUUGCGUGGGGAGUCAUUUGAUGAUGAUACCCGCCAUGAUGUGGAAAGACCCCGCUACGUGGGCUGGAAAUCGGAUAGCGAGAAUGGAAAGUUGGGACUCAGGGCAACCGCUAAACUGAGUCUUGAGUUUUGUUUACUCUGGUUUGUUGCAAACUACUUUGCGAUGGCAUGCCUUCAAUUCACCACUGUCGGAAGCACAACCAUCUUGACUUCGACUAGCGGUGUGUGGACCUUGAUCUUUGGCGCGAUCAUCGGAGUCGAGAGAUUCACCUCCCGCAAAUUCCUCGGGGUCGUGGCAUCCCUCGUGGGUAUCAUUUUGAUCUCUCGCGUGGACCUCUCUAAGCCGGAUACCAAUACCACUCCGGCUGCUGUUAGUGGGCGAGAUGGGUCAUUCCCUCACAAGACGCCCGGCGAAAUUGCCCUGGGAGACGCAAUGGCGGCCUUCAGCUCAAUUAUGUACGGUGUCUACACCAUCGUCAUGAAGAAGCAAGUUGGCGACGAAUCGCGCGUGAACAUGCAGCUCUUUUUCGGUCUAGUUGGGCUGUUCAAUCUUGUGUUUCUGUGGCCGGGAUUCUUGAUCCUCCAUUGGAUCGGGAUUGAAACCUUUGAGUUGCCCAGCACGAACCGUGUGUGGAUGAUCAUUCUCGUCAAUUCAUUAUCCUCGUUCAUUUCCGAUAUUGCUUGGGCGUAUGCCAUGCUCUUGACAACCCCUCUGGUUGUGACUGUUGGUCUUAGUUUGACCAUUCCGUUGUCCCUGGUGGGUCAAAUUAUCCUGCAGGAGCAGUACGCAUCCCCGCUGUACUGGGUCGGUGCGACAAUCGUAUUCCUGUCAUUCUUGGUCGUCAACCACGAGAGCAAGAUACAAGAAGAGGAUGCUGCUUCGGUCCCGGGCAGAGGAUCUUCCAGCGAGUAUGAGAGUAUUCCUCAUGACGAGGUCCGGUAG